AUGGAGGAGGACCGGGCUCAGACAGACCUGGGUAUCGCUGCCGACAUUGAAGCGACUCAUCGCGAGGCAGAAGCAGCCGCCCAACCGGUUCUGAGGCAGCCCAAGAAGCGCUUCGUGGGAAGGAGGACAGCCGCCGAAACUGCGGCGAAGAAUGGAGAUGCUAACGGAUCCAUCGAGGACAACAAGUCCAUUCAAGUCGCCCAACCACGAAGAGGCCCGCGACUCUUGAAUCAAGUUCCCCCUGAAAUCCUCAACGACCCCGCUCUCAAAUCUGCCAUCUCAAUUCUCCCCUCAAACUACAGCUUCGAGAUUCCCAAGACUGUUCACCGCAUCCGUAGCUCCGGCGCCAAAAAGGUCGCCCUCCAAAUGCCGGAGGGUCUCCUUCUCUUUGCCACUACCAUCUCCGACAUCCUCACCGAGUUCUGUCCGGGCAUCGAAACGCUCAUCAUGGGAGACGUUACAUAUGGCGCCUGUUGCAUUGACGAUUACACCGCCCGCGCGCUGGGGUGUGACCUGCUCGUACACUACGCCCACAGUUGUCUCAUUCCCGUGGACGUCACCAAGAUCAAAACCCUUUACGUGUUUGUCGACAUUAGCAUAGACACUUCCCAUCUUCUUGCUUCACUGGAGCGCAAUUUCGCUUCGGGCAAGACUAUUGCCAUUGUCGGUACGAUCCAGUUCAAUGCCACUAUCCAUGGAGUGCGCGGUACUCUCGAGAAGGCCGGCUUCAAGGUCCUUGUGCCGCAGAUUGCCCCCCUGAGCAAGGGUGAGAUUCUGGGAUGUACGAGUCCCCAGCUCAAGGACGAGGACAAGGUCGACCUGAUUCUGUACCUCGGUGACGGCCGCUUUCACCUGGAGAGCAUCAUGAUCCAUAACCCACAAAUUCCGGCGUACCGCUACGACCCGUACUCGCGAAAGCUCACCCGUGAGACCUACGGCCAUGAGGAGAUGCAGGAUCUUCGCCGGACAGCUAUUCGGACGGCUAAGACGGCUAAGAAAUGGGGCUUAAUCCUCGGUUCGCUCGGCCGGCAGGGAAACCCCAAUACUAUGGGCCUUAUCGAGAAACGGCUCAAAGAGCGUGGCAUUCCCUGGGUCAACCUUCUCCUCAGCGAGAUCUUCCCCGGAAAACUUGCCAUGAUGGCGGACGUCGAGUGUUGGGUGCAGGUAGCCUGCCCGCGGUUGAGCAUCGACUGGGGCUACGCGUUCCCGCGGCCGCUACUGACGCCCUACGAGGCGCUGGUCGCGCUGGAAGUACGAGAUGACUGGGGCAAAGGUGUUUACCCUAUGGAUUAUUACGGCAAGGAGGGUUUGGGACGCGUGAAGCCUGCGCAGGUUGAAUCAAAAGUCUGA